CUCAAGCAUUAGCACCAACAAGCUCUGAGCAUCAUCAGUCUCUGGAAAGCCUUCUGAAUUAGACAAGGGCUGCCUCUCAGCACAGCUACAAAACACUUUAAACCUGACCAGCUAAAUGGAUAAACCUAGCCUGCAUAGCUUUUAAACGGGGGUCUCAUACAGCACAGGAGGCCUGCUUGCUUCCAGAACUGAAAAUCCAGAGGAUGAAUUGCUUUAUCUGGGGAUGGCAAAAGCCAGCACAAUAAGGAAUGCCAGGUUUCCGUUUAAUUACGCAGCUGAGAGGCAUGCGUGUGGUGCUUGUGCUACUUUCUACACUGCUGCUUGCUAUGCUCACGGGGGCUCAGAGAGCUUGCCCAAAGAACUGUAGAUGUGAUGGCAAAAUUGUGUACUGUGAGUCUCAUGCUUUCACAGAUAUCCCAGAGAACAUUUCUGGAGGAUCACAAGGCUUAUCAUUAAGGUUCAACAGUAUUCAGAAACUCAAAUCCAAUCAGUUUGCCGGCCUUAACCAGCUUAUAUGGCUUUAUCUUGACCAUAAUUACAUUAGCUCAGUGGAUGAAGAUGCAUUUCAAGGCAUCCGUAGACUGAAAGAAUUAAUUCUAAGCUCCAACAAAAUUACCUAUCUGCACAAUAAAACCUUUCACCCAGUUCCCAAUCUCCGCAAUCUGGACCUUUCGUACAAUAAGCUUCAGACAUUGCAAUCGGAACAAUUUAAAGGCCUUCGGAAACUCAUCAUUUUGCACUUGAGAUCCAAUUCAUUGAAGACUGUGCCAAUAAGAGUUUUUCAAGACUGCCGAAAUCUUGACUUCCUAGAUUUGGGUUACAAUCGUCUUCGAAGCUUGUCCCGAAAUGCUUUUGCUGGCCUCUUGAAGUUAAAGGAGCUCCACUUGGAGCACAAUCAGUUUUCUAAGAUCAAUUUUGCUCAUUUUCCGCGUCUCUUCAACCUCCGCUCAAUUUACUUACAAUGGAACAGGAUUCGCUCCAUUAGUCAAGGCUUAACAUGGACUUGGAGUUCCUUACACAACUUGGAUUUAUCAGGGAAUGACAUCCAAGGAAUCGAGCCGGGCACAUUUAAAUGUCUGCCCAAUUUGCAAAAAUUGAAUUUGGAUUCCAACAAGCUUACCAACAUCUCACAGGAAACUGUCAAUGCGUGGAUAUCAUUAAUAUCCAUCACUUUGUCUGGAAAUAUGUGGGAGUGCAGUCGGAGCAUUUGUCCUCUAUUUUAUUGGCUUAAGAAUUUCAAAGGAAAUAAGGAAAGCACCAUGAUAUGUGCAGGACCUAAACAUAUUCAGGGUGAAAAGGUUAGUGAUGCAGUCGAAACAUACAAUAUCUGCUCUGACGUUCAGGUUGUCAACACAGAAAGAGCCCCCCUGGUACCCCAAACUCCCCAGAAGCCUCUGAUCAUCCCUAAACCUACGUUCUCCAAAUCUGAUCCCCCCCAACCCCCCCUUGAAACACCAACCCCCUCUCCAGGGUUUCAGAUUCCUGGCACAGAGCAAGAGUAUGAGCAUGUUUCAUUUCACAAAAUCAUUGCAGGGAGUGUGGCUCUCUUCCUCUCGGUGGCCAUGAUCCUCUUGGUUAUCUAUGUGUCUUGGAAACGCUACCCAGCCAGCAUGAAACAACUUCAGCAGCACUCUCUUAUGAAGAGGCGGCGGAAAAAGACCAGAGAGUCUGAAAGACAGAUGAAUUCCCCUUUACAGGAGUAUUACGUGGACUACAAGCCUACAAACUCUGAGACCAUGGAUAUAUCCGUUAAUGGAUCUGGGCCCUGCACAUAUACCAUCUCUGGCUCCAGGGAAUGUGAGAUCCCACACCACGUGAAGCCCUUGCCAUAUUACAGCUACGACCAGCCGGUGAUCGGAUACUGCCAGGCUCACCAGCCACUCCACAUCAACAAGGGCUAUGAAGCAGUGUCCCUGGAGCAGGACGAAACCCCCAGCCUGGAGCUCGGGCGCGACCACAGUUUCAUCGCCACGAUUGCCAGGUCUGCAGCACCGGCCAUUUACCUGGAGAGAUUAACAAACUAACGUGGAGACAACUCUUCAUCUGGGACUCAACGUGGGGGGAGGGAGGGCCUUCAUCUUAAAGGAGACUGGGAGUCCAAAAUUGUGCAGUCAAGCGGGUUCAUCGUUCCUACUGAAACAUUUAUGACAUAGAGGAAGGGAAAAACAUCCGCUUAAAGAGGGCAGAUGUACCUGCAGCAGCAUAACCGGGAGAAAUACAGACCUUUCUUUGCUUUAAAACAUACAACAAAGAAACAAAAUUGCUCCUGGAUGUAAAUAGUAAAAGUGUCGAGUUCUUAUAAAAAUAGAUUUCACCCUAGCUAUACAUAGGUUUGUUUGUAUAUUUGCUUUUUCUACACUGCAUGGUCGUUGGGCUGGAGAACCAG